CAAUAAAAAGGUCCUCGGAGCACUUUUUGCUAGCAGCCGCCUUCAAAAUGUCGGGAGAGGUUUAUCUCCUGUGGCUCGUGUCCCUUUUACAAACGCUGUCAGCGUAUGGAGCCGAGCUGUCCUCUGAAGCCUGCCGGGAGAUAGGCUUCUCCAGUAAUCUGCUGUGUAGUGGCUGUGAUCUGCUGGGGGAGUUCAGCCUCAACGCUCUGCAGCCCGACUGUCGGAGAUGCUGCCAGCAGGAAGCGCAACUGGAGGGGCGCAAGCUGUAUCCAGGGGCCAUCCUCGAGGUCUGUGGAUGAAAAUUGGGCAGGUUCCCACAAGUCCAAGCAUUUGUGAGGAGCGACAAGCCCAAGAUGUUCAAAGGUCUUCAGAUCAAGUACGUCCGCGGCUCCGAUCCGGUCCUCAAACUCCUGGACGACAGCGGGAACAUUGCCGAGGAGCUCAGUAUCCUCAAAUGGAACACAGACAGCGUGGAGGAAUUCCUUAGUGAGAAAUUGGAUCGAAUAUAGACCCACCAUCUUAAACUCAGACAUAAUCACUAUAUCAAAAAUGUACAAAGACUCUCCAACUUUGACUUCAUUCAAAUUGAAUUUUUAGACUUACAUUUUGAUAAUUAUUCCCGACUGUUUAGGAUUUAAAUAAUUCUACUAAGCCUUGUAAGAUUCAGACUGUUUUUUAUGGUUAAUGCUAGAAUGUUGGGUUGGGAGGGACGGUCCGCUGCAAAGUAUUUUUUAAGUUAGGAAAUGCGUUAUGUGUAAGGUUGGGCUUAGACAAAUGGUUAAGGUGAAGGUUGGCGUUUGGUAAGUUUAGGAAUAGGAUUAUAUUAAGGUGAGGGAAAUAGUUAAGAUUAGGGUUAGGGAAAUGUUUUGGGUUAGUUAACUUACCAUGUUGCCAAAAGUAACUUAAAAAAUAAAUUUGUCAUCCACUUGCCUUCUCUCAACUUACACCAUAAAAUAAAACAUAAAAUAGUCAAAAAUAUCACAUUUAGGCCUUUUCAGAGCAACAGAAGCUACACUUUACCUUUGCAACCAGAGCUAUGCGAUCACUUCCGUCCCUUCAGACCCGACUAUCUAGCACUAACCGUUUUGUAUCACCGGUAAGCAUUUGAUUUAAAGAUAUUUUUAGUUCUUGUCUUUUUGGAUCUUUCCCUUGUCCUGUACGUCCGAUAUUCUUGUAUGAUUAUUUUUUAUAUGGCUCGGCAUUGUGGGUUUUUGGUGACAGACUGGAGAGAUAGUGUUCCUAUGUAAAAACAGUCCUAUGGGAGCCCACCGUAGUGAAGAGGUCGCAGUAAACCAGUGCUCUGGCAUGUGACGUCUGAUGUUGGAGGCUUUGUCCAGAGACUGUGGUUUAUAAAGGAACUCUGUCUGUUUGGUUUGAAAAGGGAUGAAAUAUGCAACAAUAAAAAACAUACAAAUGUAA